UUGCAGUUCAGUUUUAUUUUGGUCGUGCACACAGCCGGCUUUUUUUAAGAUGUCAUAAUCAGUGAAUUGUAUUCAUAGUCAAAACCACAAACAGUUCAGUUAGCAUUUUAAUUUCCAAAAUCCACCAAAAUUCAAAAAAAAAAAUGCAACGUUUCCAGCAAGUUUUCGGUACAAAAUUGUUUUCAGUCAUUGGCAUGAUUCACCUUAGAGCGUUACCAGGUACUCCAAAAUAUGAUGGAAAUUUUAAUGCAAUCGUUGAACAGGCUCGUCACGAAGCAAAUAUCUAUCGAAAACACAAUGUCGAUGCAGUUUUAGUUGAAAACAUGCAUGAUGUGCCGUACAUUCAAAAUGCGAAUAUUGGCCCCGAGGUUAUUGCAUCGAUGAGUCGUGUGAGUGCUGAAAUCAAGGAAAUUCUACCGAAAAUACCGUGUGGCAUUCAAGUGUUGGCAAGUGCAAAUUGUCAAGCGUUGGCCAUUGCAAAAGCGACCAAUUUACAAUUUAUUCGAGCUGAAGGUUUUGUAUUUUCGCAUGUUGCUGACGAAGGUUUUACCGACGCUUGUGCUGGCCAUUUACUUCGCUAUCGGAAACACAUUGACGCCGAGAACAUUCUUAUUUUCACCGAUCUCAAGAAAAAGCACAGCUCACAUGCGAUUACAAAUGAUGUGUCACUGCUUGAAACUGUGCAUGCCGCUGAAUUCUUUUUGACCGACGGUGUCAUACUUACCGGAACUGCAACUGGGUGCGCUGUCAACGACGAUGACUUGCACGCCAUUCACAACAAAUGUAAAUCACCGAUUAUAAUUGGUUCGGGGGUAACACAUGAAAAUAUUGAAGAAUAUUUUCCGAAAUCGAAUGCCGCCAUAAUCGGUUCGUAUUUCAAACGAGACGGACAUUGGGCCAAUGAACUUUGCGACACAAGAAUUGGAAAUCUCAUGGAGAAAGUAAAUCAUUUGCGGAAAUUACAUUAAGGAUUGAUUGGACAAAAAUCAAGAAUAUUUAAUUUUUUCGAACUGAAUAAAUGUGAAACCAAAACUUUUGUUUUAUGGCCAAAA